GCUACACCGCUAUUUAUAGUAUUUCUUUAUGAUUGCAGCCAUGCUGGAGCACCGCCUUUACUGAAGCAAAUCGACCCCAGGACUUAUUCUUUACUUUAAGUAAAGAUGUUGGACUCCAAUGGAUCAAAGCAACAAGAUUGUCAACAUUUCUGCGAAGCCUUUCAUAUGCUGAAUAUCGAAUUGCUAAACUUCUGUCACAAGCACAGAUCGUUGAGCUAAAGCACCCUAAGCAUGGCCUAAUGUUGGAUUUUCGAGAGCUUGAGUAUCAGACAGCAAAACAGGAGGAUAGUUAUGAGGUCGAGAAAAAAACAUCUUUAGAAUAUCUAAUGGAGGCUCUGCACAUUUCAAAAGGUAAAACCAAACUAGGAGAUUUGGAAGACUGGUACAGAAUACAGAAAUCUAUGAUAUCAGAUGAAGUGUCAUCUGAUUCCAUGCUUGUCAUAUCAAGAGAAAUUUUCUCUGAAUCCCUCACGAGUAAAUAUAGUGAGAAGGAAGUUUCUAAAGAUGAAGAAGAUCAAGAAAAGGGAGAUCAAGAGGAUGAAGUAAAGGAAUCUGCUGCAGAUGUCUCAGUUAAAUGUGUGGUUUUCAAAGACGUGUCUCCGAUAAUCUACUUGGAACCUAUUGAAGAUUUAGUCGAGACGCCAUGCGACGAAUCUGAAGUGAGUUAUUUGGAUUCGAUUCAGAAUUUAGACCAACUUGCUGCGUUGGUGACGGUGGCAACUUUUAAAAGUGCUUUGGCUAUGUUAGGCAGUAGUUCAGAAGAGAGGAUUAUGUCUGAUUUAGCUUCAGAACCGUGUUUGUCGAAACUGAACACCUUCCAUUUCAGUAUUACAGCCGAUAAGCUGAAUAAAAAAAGGACGUUUGAUGUGCUGGAAGAUGACGAGGAAGCGGAAAACAAAACUGGGAGCAAAGAUGCAAACCAGGAAGAGACCACACUACCUAGCAACCUUGAAGAAGAUAUAACACCAUCAGAGAAUUUAGAAGAUGUAACACCAUCAACCAAUCUGCAACAAGAUGUAACACCAUCAAACAAUGUUGAAACACCAUCAAACAAUUUGGAACAAGAUGUAACACCAUCAAACAAUCUGGAACAAGAUGUAACACCAUCAAACAAUCUGGAACAAGAUGUAACACCAUCAAACAAUCUGGAGCAAGAUGUAACACCACCAAACAAUCUGGAACAAGAUGUAACACCACCAAACAAUGUUGAAACACCAUCAAGCAACCUGGAAGAUGUAACACCAUCAAACAAUCUGGAACAAGAUGUAACCCCAUUGAACAAUGUUGAAACACCAUCAAACAAUCUGGAGCAAGAUGUAACACCAUCAAAGAAUAUGGAAGAAAAUCCAAUACCAUUAAACCAUGUUCAAGAAAAUGUGUUACCACAACUUGAUGAAACUGAUGGAACUUCAUCAUAUAGUCUUGGAAAAGCUAAAACAGAACCAAAUAUUCAUAUGAAGCAUCCAGUUAAGAGAAGUAGUCUCCCUAUUGAUGCGACAUCAUCAGAAAUUCUUGGAAAUAUUUACUCUCAAAGUGAUCUUGAAGAAGAGCCAUCAUGGGAAGACAUUAUUCCUGAAGAGAACGAAUCCGAUGCGAUGAAUGCGGAACCGUUGGGUACCUACACAAUGGAAACCCAUGAAGAUUUCAGUAACUUCUACAACUUUUUGAAAGGAACUACGGGUGAGAAAUACUGGAACCUUUGGGUCAAUGUUGAUAGAAUAAAAUUGAUGAAAACUGACAUUCAAAAGCAAAUGUAA